UGCCUCAGGCCAAGCCUGAAACCCCUUAUACUAUUCAAGAUUCUAGGUUCCAAGCAAUAGAAACCCAGCUUAAACUUGCUGGGUGGAGAAAGAAGGAGAAAUGUAUUGGCUUCUGUGAUUGAAAAGUAUAAAGUAUCAGCUUCAGGCACAGCUGGAUCUAGAUGCUCAAUGAUGUUGGGAAUCUUUUUGUCUCUCAACACACCAUGACUUUGUUUUUCUCUGUGAUGAUCUCAUCUGUUCUGUGGGAUGGAAACUGUGGUCCUCAUUAUUUAGCACCAGGCUCCCAAACAAGACUGGGAGACUGAACUGUGUUCUUAAUAGCUCUAAUGUAAUGUCCCAGGACCAAUAAUUUGGGUCAUGCAUCCAGCUUGCCAUAAUCACUGUGUAUGUAUGUGUGUGUGUCUGCACGUGUAGGAGGUUAUAGAGAAUGUUGGGCAGGAACAAAAAGCGGGGUCCCUUUCUGGUCCUGAGUGGAAGCACUGAACUGUUCCUGUGUCCUCCUAUCCUCCUGCAACCCCCACUCCCCGACCCCGACCUAGGAUCAACGGCUGAUUCUGGAGCGGCUGCAGGUCAUGUACACCGUGGGCUACUCCCUGUCCCUCGCCACGCUGCUGCUAGCCCUACUCAUCUUGAGUUUCUUCAGGCGGCUACACUGCACUCGCAACUACAUCCACAUCAACCUGUUCACGUCUUUCAUGCUGCGGGCGGCAGCCAUCCUCACCCGAGACCGUUUGCUACCUCCACUGGGCCCCUACCCCGGGGGCCAGGCUCCUGUCCCGUGGAACCCGGCCCUCGCUGCCUGCCGCACAGCCCAGAUCGUGACCCAGUACUGCGUGGGUGCCAACUACACGUGGCUGCUGGUGGAGGGUGUCUACCUACACAGUCUCUUGGUGCUUGUGGGAGGUUCCGAGGGGGGCCACUUCCGCUGCUACCUGCUUCUCGGCUGGGGUACCUGUACGAGAACACGCAGUGCUGGGAACGGAACGAUGUCAAGGCCAUUUGGUGGAUCAUACGCACCCCCAUCCUCAUGACCAUCUUGAUUAAUUUCCUCAUUUUCAUUCGCAUUCUUGGCAUCCUCGUGUCCAAGCUGAGGACGCGACAGAUGCGCUGCCCCGACUACCGGUUGAGGGCUUCAUGGUCAGUGUCCUGUACUGCUUCAUCAACAAGGAGGUGCAGUCGGAGAUCCGCCGCUGCUGGCACCGCUGUCGCCUGCGCCACAGCCUCGGGGAGGAGCGCCGCCAGCCAUCGGAGCGCGCCUCGGGGAUCCUGCCCUCCGGCUCAGGCCCCUGCCGGGGCGCCCCUGACUGCGCCCUGUCCUUGGGGACCCUCCCAGGGCCUGGGGAUGAGGCCAGCCGGGUCUUGGAAAGUUACUGCUAGGCAGCGGCGUGCUGUGUCCAUUCGAGUUCGCAUGCAUUUGUUGAGAGCCUACUGUGUACCAGGCCCAGCAUGGAGGGCGCUGGAGAAACUGGGGUGCGGUGGGAGGGGGAAACAAGACAAGGUCCCUGUUCUCCUAGAGUUCACAGGUCAUAAUGGGGCGGGGGUGGGCAGCUAAGACAGAUGAGUUAGACACACACUCUGGAAUGGCUAAUGAGGGAAAAUUGGAAGGGAGCCUAAGGUGGUUCAGGAGGGCAUCUCUGAGGAGGUGCCACUUAAGCCAUGCCUGCAAGAGGUGAAGGAGACCCUUUGGGAAGAAGAUUCUAGGCUGAAGGAACAGCAUCUGCAAAGGCCUUUCCACAACAAAGAGCUUGGCGCUGCCUGAGGACCAGACAGGACCAGACGCUGCCAUGUGAUGAGACAGAUUACUAGGGACAAGAGAGGUAGCUGCGGAGGGGUGUGAAGUGGUCGGGCGCCGGUGGUAUUUAAAGGCAGAACUGAGAAUUUGCCAUUGCUUUGCAGGAGGGAAGUGUAUCAAGAGAAGUCAAGGAAGCCUCCUAGGUUUGGGAUGGUGGAGAGAGAGAGAUGGGGUCAGGGUGGGGUGAGCCAGGUGCUCU